AUGGUCUCACACAUACUUGUCAACUUGAGGAACGAGCUAGGUCUUUCAACGCCACCGUGUUCCGGCUUUGCCUUCAGGAAGUUGACCGUCCACGGUAGCGGCCCGGCCGUCGAGCAGCAAGACACUAUCUGGACGCUGCUAACUUCGCUAAUUAAUGUCAAGGCUUGGAUUCGACCAAAACACAGCAAAACUAUUCUACAGGACCUUGAUGGGGUCGUGCAAAAGGGAGAACUCUUUCUUGUGCUAGGGCGCCCUGGAAGCGACUGCACAACCUUCCUGAAAACCAUUACAGCAUCAGUUCUACGGUAUACAGACAAAGUCAUCUACAAUCAGGAAGUAGACGAACAUCCCCCGUGCCUGACAGUUGAACAGACGCUAGAGUUCACCGUUGCCAUGCGCACGCCACGAGCCCGUCUUCCACAUAUAACCCGAAAAGAGCGGAUCAAGCACGUGGUGGAAGUCAUGCUAUCAGUAUUUGGCCUAUCGCACACUCGCAACACAAUUGUAGGAAACGUUUGUGUGCGAGGGGUCUCAGAUAAUUCUACCCACGGCCUUGAUGCCGAAUCCGCCCUACAUUUUGUUUGUCGGCUACGUACGCUUUCCGACUUCACCCAAUCUGCAAACGCGGCCGCGAUAUACCAAUCUUCUCAAGCGAUAGUAAACCUUUUUGACAAGAUGUUAGUACUGCAAACGUCAGGAGACUUCCUGACUGCAAUCACCAACCCAGCGCAGAGCACAGCGAAGGAAGGACACGAAGAUCUCGUGCCAAGGGCCCCUGAAGAAUUCGAAAAAUAUUGGCAUGGAUCGCCAGAGUAUGCUUCUAUUCUGGAAGAGAUUGAGCAGCGACCCAGAGAGAAUUCGAGUCCACCCGCCAUAAGCUCAAGGCUAGGGGGAUGUUGCACAGAGCUACACAGACAGUCUCAAAUCGUCAUUGCAAUUGUUGUGGGAUCAGUCUUCUACGGCACUCCAGAAACUUCUGACGCCUUCUUUUCCCACGGAUCUGUUCUCUUCUUCUCGGUACUUCUUAAUGCCCUAAUGUACAUAACAGACAUUCACAACCUAUACAAGGGACGUUCAGUUGUCCGCAAGCAAGCGUCAUAUGUCUUCUACCGCCCAUCGGCAGAGGUACUUGCGAGCAUUAUCGUUGAUAUUCCCGUCAAACUUGUGGUUGGGACAUAUUUCAACAUCAUCCUGUACUUCCUAUCCGGACUCGCGACGACGGCUUCUGAGUCCUUUAUUUUCUUCCUUUUCGUCUUCGUGACGACUCUGGCGAUGUCUAUGGCCGUGGCAAUUUCUGGCUGCCUCGUUCUUGCACUGGCAUUGCUCGUUAACCAAGCACAUGAGGCUAACUAUCCCUGUUCUCAUUUAGUGCCUCCUUACCCGAACCUAACAGGCGACUCGUUCAUUUGCCCGGUUCCUGGUUCUGUGGCCGGGGAGACUUUUGUGAACGGGGAUGCUUGGUUCGAGACGAGCUACGACUACAGCUACUCCCAUUUAUGGCGAAACCUCGGCAUCAUUCUCGGGUUCUUGCUCUUCUUCCUGUUCACAUAUCUGCUGGCAUCAGAACAUAAUGUGAAUUCCUCCACUGGCCCGGAUGUCCUUGUCUUCCGGCGUGGCAGUCUCCCCAGCACCAUGGCACAAACCGACUUGAAGCUCAAGGGUAGAGUCGACGCCGAGCGGCCCCCGGUGGUCAGCAGCGCACCGCUUGAGGGGGUCGUGAACGAAGCAGUGCCAAUGCAGGUAGAUCGGGAAACGUUCUCAUUGAGGAAGGUGAGCCUCGAUGUCAUGACUGAGGGCCAUUCGAGACGGCUGCUGGAUAACUCGUGCGGUUGGGUGAAACCCGACUCCCUAACAGCCUUGAUGGGCGUGUUAGGGGCCGGAAAAACGACGCUUUUGGACGCACUAGCCCAGAGAACGCCUUCUGGUGUUAUACAAGACGAGUUUUACGUGGACGGGAGGCCCCUCCCCGCGUCGUUCAAGAGCGACGUUAGCUAUGCCCAGCAGCAAGGCGUGCACUUCGAAACAUCUACUCCCCUUGACGUACCGAAGAGCGAGAAGCUUAACUCCGUGGAGGAGAUUAUACGUCUUCUUAACAUGGACGGUUUUGCUGAUGCCGUUGUCGGACUGCCAGUCAAAAGGCUCAACGUCGAGCAGCGCAAGCGACUCAGUAUUGGCGUCGAGCUUGCUGGCAAGCCAGCCCUGCUCCUGCUUCUCGACGAACCUACUUCAAGACUCGAUAGUCAGUCAUCCGAGGCGAUCCUGGCUCUUCUCUGGAAGUUGGCGGCAGGUGGUUUAAGCACACUGUGCACCAUCAAUCAGCCGAGCGCGAUGCUGAAGGUCGCUUACUUCGGGGGCAUUGGAGGGAACUCGGAGACUGUGCUUCGCGCAGAUGCCGAGAACCCAGCGGAGUAUCUUCUGGAUGCUAUAGGCAAUACAAACAUCGCGAAACUCGACUGGCCUCGCCUCUGGCAUGCAUCCGCGGGAGCCAGGGUAGUGUCAAUUGGGCUGGAACGCGUGGUGGAAUCUUUCUCCACAUGGAGACAAGGAAACGGAAGCGAUGUGGUCCAAGCUAGACAGCGUGGCGCCUACUCAAUGUCUCUACUAUCGCAAAUACCGGGCGUCUGUGUUCGCGCCUUCCAGCAAUAUUGGCGAUCACCAACGCACAUCCCGAGCAAGUUCAUGGUGGGAGUUGCAGGCUUAUUAUUAAUUGGUUUCUCCUUCCAGCCCGGUCAAUCCAUCCUGGGCGUCCAGAACGCCAUCUUCUCAGUCCUCAUGGUUUGCGCAAUGUCUAGCAGCCUGGUUCAACAGAUCAUGUCAAAAUUCAUCGUUCAGCGAACACUCUACGAAGUCCGUGAGCGACACUCUAACAUGUACUCUUGGUCAGUUUUGAUCCUCGCCAACAUGCUUGUUGAGAUACCAUACCACGUCGUCCUAGGCGUCAUGACCUCUGCAAUCUUCAACUAUACGGUUUUUGGCGUUCGUUCAUCUGAAGAUCAAGGACUAUUUUUGCUGUUCUUUGUCUACUUCUACAUCCUUGCCGGCACGUUCGCACAUAUGGUGUUUACACCCUUGCCAGACACAACGACAUCCGGCCGUGUGGUGACGAUCCUGCUCUCGAUGAUGAUCUUAUUUGCCGUCGUGUUCCAAGCCCCGAUAGCCCUGCCAGGCUUCUGUAUUUUCAUGUAUCGUGUCUCUCCAAUGACGUAUCUUGUUGGCGGUGUCGCUGUCUUGGGACUUUCAGGGGACCCGAUCGUUUGUUCACAUGCUGAGCUUGCCGUCUUCCAGCCUCCGACCGGUGAAAUUUGUGGGGCAUAUAUGCAGCCAUAUCUUGAGCAAGCUGCUCUGGGAACGCUACUCAGUCCUGAUGCCACUGCUAGCUGCCCUUAUUGUCCUCUAGCAUAUGUCGAUCAGGUCUUGGCUAGCUCGGGGCUCGGUUAUAUUCGCAUAACCUUUAAUAUCGCCACUCUAUUUGCAUUCUAUUAA